AUGUCUUUGGUGUCUGCCGUCAAGGAGCGUGAUCGCUAUGGGGAUUUACAGGAUGAUCAUGAGGUGAGAAGAGAAACGAAGAUGAGUAGUUCAGUUUAUCAGACUUCAGGCGAACCGUUGAGCAAAGAAGCUCUUUACAGGGCCAAGUUAAAAUACGGGGUUUAUCAAUCGCCUGCUACCAAUAUUUCCUUAGGUGUGGCACAACCAAAGGAGGCCUCUGGUAGAGCAGCCAACGUGGCAAACGAAAAUAAAAUCACUAUCAAUGCGUACAAGAGACUAUUUGUAGACCCGGGAGCGGCACACGCCGCAACCAAGGUUGGACUGAAGGGCGUGGAGCCUGCGCCUGUUGUAGAGGUUAAAAAGUCUCACGCGGGAUCGCAAUCGGCUGCCACUAGGGCUUAUUCUAUUGCUUCGAGUACAGCUUCGACGAAGAAAGUCACGAAAAGUGCUCAUGCUGGGUCCAGCAGUGCAGCAGGUCGCGAUAGAUUGCACUCGGUAUCUUCAGCGACUCACGCACUGGGUGCAAGUGCUACUUUCAACGAGCAGAAAGUGAAUCCAGCACCUAAGCCUCUGAACAUGUCCAAGGUUCUUUCGGGGGCCGAAAGGCAGGCUGAGAGAAGGAUUCAUGAUAGGACAUCGCCGGAGCGCAAGAAUUUCUCGUACGGGCUAAGGACUGGCGGCGCUGGGAAAGCGGCAGGGAAUAGCUUUGAGUUGAGCAAGGAUACUCUAGAGAAAAUUUCUGCCAAGAUCGAUAGCGCCGCUAUCGAGAGAGAGGCGGACCCACAGAAUUAUGCGGAAUGGGCGGCAUAUGCUGUCAGGGACGUCGAUCCUAGCUCGCUGAUGGACGCGGAGUUCCAGGACAGAGAAAAGAGAAGACAGCAGUAUUUGAGUCAGUUGACAUCGCAACAGGUGUUGGCUAAGGCAAGGGAAAACGCUGACAGGGAAUUGAAAGCAAUCGAUGCGUUGGAUACUCAUAGGCAGCUGUUUGGUAAUGAAGCAUAUAACAAAGCGGCAGUCGAAACGGCACGCGAAAUGGCACGCAAGAACGCUCAAAAGAUGGCACCUUAUCAAAACAAGAUAAACAUGGGCGGUGGCCUAUGGUUAUCGCCUGAUGAGGUGAACGACAUUGCGGAGAAUCUGAUCAACCCGGUGUUGGGUGAAGUGACUCAAAGAGCCGAAGACCAAAGAGCGACAGAUCUGGAUAUAAAGGAGAGGACGGAAGCUCACAAAGCGGAAUAUGCAGCCUGGUUGGAAAUGCAACACACCAAGAUCCGUAACAAUGCAACAAUUGUCGUUAACACUAAUAUAAGGCACGAAAGGGAAAAGGAGGAAAACAAAGAAAAGGCGACCAAGGAUUAUAAUGAGCUUGUUGCUAUGAAAGACAAACAAAUUGCAGAUAAGGAGGAGAAGCUGGCUAGAACGAAACAGGCUAAGACGGAAUUUGAAACGGAAAUGGAAGGAAAACUGAAAUCGGAAGAUGAGAGGGUCGCUCUGGUGUUGGCUAAUUUUGGCGAGACUAACAAGAAAGAUUUAGAAGAUGCCCGCAAGGAACAAGAGGAAUUACUGAGACCUUAUCAUGAUGCCCUAGACGCUGCCGAGAAGGAACAUGCAAGGUUACUUGAAGAAAAAUCCGGUAUUCAAAAGGAGAUCGAGAAAUUGCGCACCUCCAUCGAUGCUCACGGCGUUCUGCUACUCAAGUAUGAAAGAGGCAUCAAAGCCAACGAUGAAAAGCAGGCCGUGGAACUCAAGAAUUUACAAAACCUUGACUCCGAGAAACAGAAACUGAGAUCAGAUAUCGAUGAGAAUGUUAUCAAUUUAGCCAACAGAGCUAAGGAACAAGCAGCCAUCUCCUCAGAACAGGCACGCCUAAGACAAUUGGAGGUGGAUGCUCUGGUCAAUGAGCGCAAGAGCCGGUUGAACGAGACUGAAAUCGAACUGCAAAGGGAGAAGCUAAACAUGCUGGAUGCCAUGAGAGAGGCGGCGGAAGCCCGUGGUGACACCGCAAUCGAUGAAGACAGAGUGAAGGAGCUACUCGGAAUGAGUUCGGAGGACUACGUUGCUCAACAGAAGAAUGCAGUCAGCAAGACCGAAACGCGCCCUGUAGGAGCCGAUCUUGACGAGGAAGACGAGGCGGAUGAAGAUAAUUUAUCGGAGGGAGUCAAGCCAGCCCGCCACCUAGACCUCGGAGCCUUCGAAGGCCCCGCCCCAUCUGCUUCUGUAAGAUCAAUUGCCGACGUCAGUGCUAGGAUUCCCGAGUCCUUAUCUGAGCAUCCGGCCAAGGGAGACAAGUCUUCCGAUGUUUCUUGGUCGGAGAAAUUCUUCCUUGGAGCUGCGAGGGCAAGAAAGAGAAGAGAGUCGCAACAGAAAUCGGAAAAGCCUGAGAUCUCCAAACCUGCGGAAACAGCCAAGACUGCUGAGCCCUCGGGCACCGCAGCCAAUGCUGGCCACGAACUCCAACCCACCUUUAGUGGCUUUUCGCAAGACGGCAUCGCCGCGCAGCAGGAUGCAGGCAAGAAAAAGGGCAAAAGCACAGAGAGCCCUACGGUGGACGACUCAGAAGACGAAGACGAGGAAGACGUUCCCGAUCUGAGCGGUACAGACCGGAACGACGACCUAAGUGGCGCGAACAAGAGAAGCAGCUACUUCCAAGAAGUGUUCGAGUGA